GCAGAUAAAGUCAUCUGCCACCCCUCCUCCCUCCUCUGCUCUUAAUGGAUCCAUAUAUUCUCAAGUCAGGCUGUGGACACUGAUCUGUGCUUGUCGAUACGAUUUCUGCUUAAUUUUCUGCUUGGAUGUAUGUCCUUGUUGCUCUGUUGGUAUGGCGUGUUGUUCUUACCGUGCUGGAAUGCAUGCCCCCCCCUCUUUCUUGCUCCUUCUCACUUUCUGCAUUGUCAUGUCCUCCAAUUUGUCCCUCCCUCUCACUCCGUCCAUCACUUUUAUUGCACUUUUCUUAAGUGUCCUCUCAAUUUCUGUUUUGUCAAACUAGCAGAAACUGGAAUGUACCAAAACCACAUGAAAGACCCCAACAACAACUGCAACAAAAGCCUUCUCUGUGAGCACAAGGAAAAGCUUAUCCAGGCUAUUAAAAGAAUCAAGCAUGAGGUAGACGAGUGCAGAGAAGCAGAGAGAGAGACUCACAUAGACUCAGUUGAAGUAGAGAGCAGUUUUGAUGCCCUUGAACGUGAAAUCAGCGCAGAGUUUCAGAACCUCCAUCGUUUCCUGGAUGAGGAGGAGUAUAGGAACCUGGAGCGACUGAGGAGAGAGAGACAGAAACAAGUGAAGCAGCUGAAGGAGAGAGAGAAGAAAAUAGCAGGGCAAGGGAGGGACCUUGAGAGGGCCAUCGCGGUGCUGAACAGCAAACUGGCUGAGGAGGACAGUCCGAAACUGCUCAAAGACAUUCAAGAUCUCAUAAAAAGAUCUCAGGUCAGAUUUGUACCUCCAGCGGAGGUGGACACUGAGGUACGCUCCGGUCAGUUUGUGGGGCCCAUACAGUACAGGAUAUGGAAGCACAUGAAAAGCUGCCUUUACCCAAAUAUUACAUCAAUGACCUUUGACCCAGAGACAGCCCACCCUAAUCUGUCCCUGUCCAAGGCUUGCACUUCAGUAUGGUUUGAUGAGGAUAAAGACACGAAGGAUUGCCAGCCCAACCCACAACGGUUCCACUAUUAUUACUGCGUGUUCGGCCAUCAGAGCUUCACCACAGGCCGACACUACUGGGAGGUGGAGGUGGGACGUAAGACAGCGUGGAGGUUGGGUGUGGCGCGAGCAGAUGUCCCAAGAGGGGAGAUGGAUGCCACUGGAACUUCCAAUGGCCUCUGGACCUUGGCCUUGAAGGACGGAUCUGUCUAUGCCUGCACAGACCCGAAGCCCACCAAGGUCAUCGUGUCUGUCCAACUUGUCCGAAUUGGUGUGUUCUUAGACUGUGAAAAGGAGGAGGUGUCUUUCUAUAAUGCUGUUACCAUGGCGCCAAUCUACACCUUUACUAUGGGAUCUGUCGGGGUUCCUCUGUUCCCCUUCUAUAAUCCGUGUGACGCAGAUGACGGGAAAAACAUGGCACCACUUAAGAUCUUUAACCCUUUACUAUGAUGAGCGGCUGCAGAGAUUUAUAACGCAGAUUGUUUUGUAUAUAAGCAGAAUAAUUCUAACAUUUAGAGCUGACGCAAUUAGAAAAUUAAUGCGUAACUAUUUUGAUCAUCAAUUAAUAGUUGGUAGGAAUAAUAUUUCAAGCAAAAAUGGCCAAACAUAUGCUUCCUUGUUUUAUGUAAAAUCAUACAGAAUAUUUGGGGGUUUGGAACUGUCAUGUUUCACAAAACAAGCCAUUUGAAGAAAACAAUUUGGAUUUUAGGAUAUUUUCCACUAUUUUCUGACAUUUUAUAGGCAAAAAAUGAUUGAUUAUUGAGAAAAAAGAUUGACAGAUUUCACGAUAAUGAAAAUAAUUGUAUAUUGACUGUGAAUGUUUUAGAGUUUGGUGAAAAUAAAUGUGAUAAAAUACGAAGAUUCAAAUGAAUCUUGAAAAACGGUUUAGGAAAACAAAGCAUGGGGGAGAGUUGGACUCUGCGGUUGUCCCCAGAGCUUCAGGGUCCAUAGCAGGUGUUAUAAUGUUACCUUUGGCCUGUUUAUAAAUAUCUUUGUUGUGCCUGCUCAGUUAUGAUGUGUCCUGACGAGGUUAUGGAAGCUGGGAUUAGUGGCACGCCGCGGGCCCAAGGGGUGAGAAAGUGGCGCGUGACACUCAAACAACAAAUGACGGCUGACAUUGAGUGAGACGAGCCACUGAGCUGGAACAGACAGCUCUGAGACAUAACUGUCCUUCUGCGAGUUUGUUUGCACAGAGAAAACAAAGACAACAAGACAGGAAAUGUCAUAAUCGCUUGUUUAUUCUUAGUAUUCCUUUAGACAUGAAAUAAAGAAAAAUCUAUUUUCUUUACAAAACAUCUGUGAAGUGUUGUGCAAAAAGGGAGUACAGAGAGAACAUGUGGGAUGUCACACCACACCCAGGCCAGAACAGCAGAAGUAAACAGAGAAGAUCAGGGCAGAGACAACUCACAUAGUGCAAGAAGUGCCAGUGGUGUUAAAAGUAGUGGUUUCUUCUGUUAGUGGGUUAUCAGAGGUGGGUAUGACACCAGAAUCCCUCUGGCACCAGUUCGAUGUAAUAACUCCAGUCCCACUGGACUGAGCCUUCUUUUAGAUGCUGGUAACGUCAAGGAGGUUCAAAAGAGGAGAGUUCACAGCGCUAUAUUGUGAUAUAUCGUUGGGGUACAACACACAGGCAGUAAAAUCUGCUCUGUACUUUCUGAAAGGCUCGAUAACUGGCGCAAUAUCAUAGAACAAGGGGAAGAUUGAUGACUUUCACUAAGACCUCUGCAGUUGGAUAAAUAUUUAGAACGAAAUGUGUGAGAAUUACAAUUCUGCAGUUAUUGAAAAGUUCCUUACAGAGGCGUAAGGUAGUGACAACAGGCCCCAGUGCAGGCUGUGAUGGGCCCUUGUGCCAGAUUUUGCAUCUGUAGUAGUUACAGUAUAUUGCAUCAUCAUGUUACCCUGCAGUCAUCAGUCAGACAGAAGUCAGGCCAAAUUGCUCAAGUUUCAAAGGGUUAAGUUGCAGUUCUAAGAGACUGAGUUGUAUUUAACGUAAUCUUCUAAAGUAAAAAUUGUAUGACAGUAUGGAAAAUUUCCGCCUCACAUACCUCAAAAUGUUUUUGUCAUAGGUAAAGGUAAAGACUUUGACAUGUGAUUCAUUCAAAACAGAAUUAUUUAGCUUUACUGAGCCAAUGUCAUGACAAAAACAUU